CGAACAGUUAACCAAGGAAAUAAGCUCAGCUCAAGCGUCUGUUGCUGAAGUUAUUCCACUGAUCGCAGCACUGAAGCGCCUGCUUGGAAAAGAGGCGGAAACAGAUCAUGGCGUAAAAACAGCUAAAAAAACUCUACUGGAGGCUGUUAACAAACGCUUCCAAGACAUUGAGUCCAACCCUCUUUACGGCAUUGCAACAAUAUUAGAUCCACGCUUUAAAGACCAUUACUUUGACGAUGAGAAAAGGCAGGAUGUACGCGAAAUGGUGCAAACAGAGCUUACGGCUCUUGAAACCUCUUGUGAAGCACAAGCCGCGACGGGGAGAACAGAGCAAACUGUGCCUGAGAAACGGUCACGUACAAGUGAUGAGGCGCACAUUCCUUCGCUUUCUGAUAUGUUUGACGAAAUUUUACAGGAAAGCGUCCCAACCCACAGCGGUGUAAGAGCAAGCGCAGCCUCACAAGAAGUAGCAACCUAUCUAGCUGAACUACCCAUUGGCAGAAGUGACAAUCCACUUGACUACUGGCGCGCGAACAAAGAUCGCUUUCCUUUGCUUGCAUGGACUGCGCGCAAGUACUUAUCUGCCCCAAGCACCAGCACAGACAGUGAGAGAUUAUUCAGUGCAGCAUCUCAUGUUCUUGAUGAGAACAGAAAUCGUCUCUCCAGCCAGAAAGCUGAACAACUUUUGUUCAUAAAGAGAAAUCUGCCACUUUUGCUAAAAUAAAAGCAGCCUAAUUUGAUGUUGUUUAC